AUGAAGCGCAAGCUAGAUGCCAACAAUGUCCCAACACCUGAAGGUGCGGAGCAAUCGAGAGCUGUGCAACAAAGCUUCGAGGCCCUUCAGUUGGACCCUCGUUUGCUGCAGGCCUUAACGAAGCAGAAAUUUACAAAGCCAACGUUAGUUCAGGCGGAGGCCAUUCCAUUGGCGUUAAGCGGAAAGGACGUGCUGGGCUCCGGAAAAACAGCUGCGUACCUGCUUCCAGUUUUACAGUCAAUACUACAUAAGAAAAUUGCCAACCCGACCCAGAAGUCAACCUCGGCGCUGAUCCUCGUUCCGACUCGAGAGCUAGCAGAGCAGGUUCACGACACAAUUCUCUCUUUUUCUUCCUAUUGUGGGAAGGACCUACAAACCGCAAACCUUACGCAAAAGGUUUCAGACGCUGUUCAGCGAGCAAUACUUGCGGAUCUGCCCGAUAUCGUCGUCUCCACACCAGCGAGAGCUGUCGUAAACGCGAACAACUCUUCACUGGCGCUAGACAACUUGACGCACCUGGUAAUCGACGAGGCCGACCUUGUUCUUUCUUACGGGUAUGAACAAGAUAUGCAACACCUAGCUAAAUCUAUUCCCCGUGGCGUUCAAACAUUGUUGAUGAGUGCGACUCUUACCUCCGAGGUUGACACGUUGAAGGGCUUGUUCUGUAGAAGUCCUGUGACGUUAAAACUGGAAGAAGCUGAAGACGAAGGGGCCGGCAUUAGCCAAUUUGCGGUCAAAUGUGCGGAAGACGAAAAGUUUCUCUUAACCUACGUCAUAUUCAAAUUGCAGCUUGUCAAGGGCAAAUGCAUCAUAUUUGUUGGGGAUGUUGACCGCUCCUAUCGUCUCAAGCUCUUUUUAGAACAGUUUGGUAUCAAAAGUUGCGUCCUCAAUUCGGAAUUACCCGUCAACUCUCGAAUUCAUGUGGUUCAGGAAUUCAACAAAGGUGUAUACGACAUCAUUAUUGCCGCUGAUGACCAAGAAGUUGUGGGAGAGGUACCUAGGAAGCAGCCUAAGGAUUCGAACCGAGAAGCACAAAAUUCGGCGGAUGAGGCCCAAAAAGGCCUCAGCGAGGAUGAGGAGGUUGACCGGCCUCCGGUAAAGAAACGCAAAAAGUCUUCCAAAGAGAAAGACUAUGGGAUCUCUAGGGGAAUCGAUUUUCAGGAUGUCGCAUGCGUCCUUAACUUUGACCUUCCCACCACGGCUAAAUCCUACACUCACCGGAUUGGCCGGACUGGACGCGCGGGUAAAACUGGCAUGGCUCUAUCAUUCAUUGUGCCUUCAGAGCUAUACGGCAAACAUAAGCCAACAAGCUUUCCAACCGCUAAACACGACGAGACCGUCCUCGCCAAAAUCGUUAAACGCCAAGCCAAACUUGGACGAGAAGUUAAGCCUUACAACUUUGAUACAAAGCAAAUCGAUGCCUUCCGGUACCGGAUGACUGAUGCACUGCGCGCCGUGACCCGCGUGGCGGUCCAAGAGGCUCGUGCCAAAGAGAUUAAGCAGGAGCUUUUGAAAAGCGAAAAGCUGAAAAGACAUUUUGAAGAGAACCCAGAAGAGCUGCGCCAGCUUCGGCAUGAUGGUGAACUUAGACCAGCUCGUGUACAGGCGCAUUUGAAACACGUGCCGGAAUACCUGAUGCCGGCGAAGGGAAAGGCUGGUCUCACCAGUGGGGAUGUUGGAUUCGUAGGAUUGAAAAAGACAAACGAGAAUCGGAUAAGGAAGGCCAGGGAUAGGAAUCGAAUGAGGGGGAAAGGCGGCAAGAGAGGUGGGCGCGGAGGGGGUGGUAGAAAAGUCGAUCCACUGAAGACUUUCAAAAGUAAAUAG